AUGGACGCUACAGAACAAAGUUCUAGCGAUGUUUCUAACGAAAUCCAAUCUAAAAUUUUGGUUUUGGUCAUUGUAGGCAGGGAUGACAAGCCACUUUAUCUGGAGGACUUAUCAACGCCGGGAUGGAGACCUGAUCCUCCACAUCUUGCUUCUUUUGUUGCACAUCAAUCACUUGAUGCUAUUGAUGAUAUCGUAUGGAAUAACCCUAAUAUGUUUUUAAAGCAGAUUGAUAUUUUUGAUUUUCUCGCUGUUUCUGCAUAUGUAACAUCUGGUCACACCACGUUUUUGCUGAUUACACGCACAAAUAAUGCGAGUUCGUCUGAUUUUACUGUGUAUUCAUCGAACGCUAGUGCUGGAGCAGAGCCGCAGCCCCCUUCGUCGGAAUCAAUAAGAUCAUUUUUCAAGGAGCUGCAUGAACUGUAUUGCAAACAACUUAUGAAUCCACUGUAUGCUCCCAAUGGGACAAUAGAUUCACUAAAUUUUAAACUUAGAGUGCAACAAGCUGCUAAGAAAUACUUAAUUUGA